AUGUCCCAGUCCACAGCCCAGCACCCUCCGCUGGUGCGCGCGUCGGCGGCGCUGUACUACGCGGCGGCGUCCUUCACCGUCAUGUUCGUCAACAAGGCACUAUUCACAAGUCUUGGGUUCCAGUACCCCAUUACUGUGGCGUUUCUACAGAUGUCAUUCAUGUCGCCAAUAUGUUAUCUUGUAGCCAAACCGAACCUUAGUUGGAAGAUCGCCGCUGGCAUUGGACCUCUGGCCGUCGUAAAUGUGCUUAACGUGGUUGCCGGUCUCAUAGGCACAGGUGGCCUCAAUGUGCCCAUGUUUAUUGUACUGCGCCGCUUCACUUUGUUAUUGACGUUAGGAUUUGAACGUUGGUUAUACAAGAAGAAGCACACCUCCACAACCCUUGUUACUGUUGGCAUAAUGAUUUCGGGAGCCUUGAUUGCUGCCACAACCGACCUCCACAUGAACACCAGGGGCUAUGUGGCAGUGUUUGUGAAUGACAUCUUCACAGCCCUCUACCUGGUGCUCAUCAAGAACAUGAAGGCAGCGAAGGAGCUCUCAACCACAGGCCUCCUGUUCUACAACAGUAGCCUAUGCUUGCCUCUGCUGGCUGUUGCUUUGGUGGCGUCUGGAGAACUGUCCACACUGGGAGCAUACCCUCGGUUGGGGGAUGCAGCCUUUAAGGUGUGUUGCAGCUGA